AUGGCAAACCUAGAUUGGGAGGCCCACAAGGCUGAAAUCGAGCGCCUCUAUAUCCACGAAGGCAAAUCGUUGAAGGAGAUGAUUCAAAUCAUGAGAGUGGUACACGGAUUUUGGAAAAGCAAGAGCCAGUAUGAAACGCAGUUCGCGAAGUGGAGAUUCAAAAAGUACCACAUGGGGUCCAAGAACUGGAGGCUCCUCGACCAGAACCUAAAAAAACGAGGUGCUGACCAGGAGGUCUAUGUCAAUGGAGUUUUACUUGAGCCCAAGAGAGUCAAGCGCGAGCUUGGUCGGCAGGCCUUUCAGACAACAAUUCAGAAAGAAGUCGAGAAGCUCACUUCAAGGGCUUCUCCUAAAAUGCCAGAAGGUGUUCUGGUAUACUCCCCGGCACCGUCUGCGUUAGAGUUACAAUGGCCCUCAAAUCUCCCCUGGUUCAAGUUCUCACAAUAUGCUUUCCCACACAACGCCAAAGAUCUUCCCGCUUCUCUGGUUAUGAUUCAGCCCAGUCACCAUGUUGAAGAGGAUUGGUUUCUCACUUUAGACUCAAUAUUUGCCUGGGUAGCACCACAUAGCCAAAGAGAGUUACAAGUUGGUUCCCGAAUGGCUGCCGCGAUGAGCAUUGUCAUGCCAGAGGAAUACAAUGGCCAACAUAUUGUUACCUCCCGGGAGCUUUCCAGCCGCAGUGACUCGAAGUUAAGGGAGUUUAUUCGAAUAUCUCUCUAUCUCCUGUCUAACAAAAUGGUCAUCGAGGACACAGGCCCUUCUGGAAAAGAGGAACUUAUGUUAAAGAUCUUUCGCAUGUCUGGACUCGACAAUAUUGUGAGCUUGCGCGGUUUGAUAUCUAGGGAAAACGACAUGUCAGCUGGAGCAAUCGCAGAGAGUCUCUUCGGAACUGCAAUCAAAUGCCUUGACACCCAGGUCAUAAAGUUGAUGCUAGAGGCCGGCAUGGAUCCCGACACACUCAUCAUUGACGUUGGAUUCCCUCUCACGAGAACGGCCACACCCCUUGGAUUUAUAGCUACGAAACGUGAAAUAUCCGCCCAAGUGAUUUCUAGCUUAUUACUACAGCAUAAGGCUAGUAUAGAUCUCUAUCAUAACGGGGAGUCCGCACUCGACAUUGCUGUUAAACACUCCAAUCAAAUUAUGGUGAAAACUCUCGCGUCAAACGGCGCCCAUAUCACGCCAAAGUCAUUACAUUCUGCCGUAAAGCAGGGUUGGGACAUGCAGAUUAUUGACUAUCUUUUGGAUUAUGGCCCAGAGAGUCUAAUAGACCAUGUUUUCCCAGAAGGCACGAUUCUAGUAACCGCAGCAAACCGGGUUCAAACGGUGAAGGCACUAUUGUCACGAAAUGCCAACAUCAAUGCGAUACAGCCUAUCCAUUCUCACGAUCAGUUCAACGGUCUCGGAACAACUUUAAUAGGCCUAGCAGCCGCAAGUGGAAACGUCGAAUUGGUACAAACCCUCCUCUUAGCCCGUGCAGAAGUCAAUCCAGAGCCCAGAUCUGGUCUUUGCGUUCCACCUCUAGUGCUGGCAGUCCACAGAGGGAGAACAGAUAUUGUCACUUUACUUCUCCGUGCGGGAUCCGACGUCUCUCUCGCAGACGGGUUCAUAGCGCCCCAAGAGAGCGUCGGAAAAUCACUCAUUGAAAGGGCUUUAACAAGAGAUGACGAAGCGAUGGACCGCAUCAAAUUGUGCCGCAAUUUACUAGCCAAGGGAGGGAUAGCAAGUCAGCGGGAGAUGGAAGACUUCAACACUCUUCAAUUAUUUGAUGCCGUGAUACGUCGUGAUGCUGAAGCUGUCUUUUUAUUUCUCAGUUUUGGCGCCCGGGUAACCACUUAUGAUGCCAAAUACGGACAUAAUGCACUUGUGCUUGCCAUCAGAAAUGGAGACUCGAACAUAAUAUCCUUGCUCCAAGCAGCUGGGGCUACGGUUGCCGGUUGUGCUAUAGGAUAUAUUGCUAAUGUUGAGAUCGCGUUGUUUCUGCUCCACAUGGGACUUUUACCUGAGGUUCUAUCUACAGACGGCUAUACCAUUCUUGUAUCAGCAAUACUUGCAGAAGAUGAUGACUUGAUAAUGUUCCUACUCGAUUGGGGAGUCGAUAAAUCACUGCCUGCAGUCUUUCCGGAAUUUGAAAUACCAAAGUAUCUCCGUAGAACUGUGCUAGAGGCAGCUCUAUGUCGAGGAAAUCUUCGUCUAGUUGAGAGGCUUGUUCAACGAGGCUCCUGCAUUGGUGAAGCAGAGAUCAUCACAAUUGUGUGGAGAGCGUCAGUAUUGCAUGACAUUGUUGUUCUUCGCUCUUUCCUCGACACGUUCCCCACCUUCUCUCUACCGUCUCCUACUGCAUUUGCAAUAGCUCUGUUAUUCGACAAUUACAGAACCAUCGAUCUCCUCCUCAACGCCGGUAUCAAACUCAAUGGAACUCCAGAGGUACGGUCUCACUACCGUGAUCCAAUCAAAAUGGAAUUAUGGGACUAUAAGGGUUGGUAUUAUCCGCGAUACCAUCUUCUUCUAUCAGAUCCUAAAUCGGUGCUAGAAUUAGCAAUCAUCUGUCAGGGCGACGAUAUAAUCUGGGAGGAACUAUCUGUCGUGCAAAGUCUAGUUGCAUGUGGAGACUGGACAAAAUAUGAAAUAGGUCGUGCUUUCGCCACCAGCCUGCAACACGGAGACCGUGAAAUUGCAAGAGAUUUGCUGGCUUCUGGUGGAGAUGUACACCAAUUCGGUCUCCGUUUCGGCCGAGAAGACUCAAAACAUGGGCGAUAUCCCGUGGAGAUUGCUUUGACAGAGGGCGACACUCGACUGCUACAGGAUUUGAUUGCUGCUGGAUUAGAUCCGAAUCGUUCCAGUGGUGGACAUCUCACUGCUGUACAACGGGCAGUCAAGUGUGGAAAUAUGAAGCAUAUUCAAAUGCUCCUGGCUGCCGGAGGAGAUGUCAAUAGCCCAGCAAUAUGUCACAAUGGAAUGACUGCGUUGCAGAUUGCGGUGCAACUCAAAGAUAUAAAGAUUACACAAAUGCUUGUGAGAGCCCACGCGGAUGUUAAUGCUCCGCUAAACGCCUUGAACAAUAAAGACGAGUGCCCUUUGCAUCUUGCCAUCAAAACUGGAAACAACAAGCUCGUUAGACUUUUGCUUCAGGCCGGAGCAAAUGUGAACAGGCCACCUAGUCCCUUUCGUGGUGCCACGGCCUUGCAGUUGGCGGUAAAACAAGGUGAUUUGAAUCUUGUCGAUCUGCUCCUGCGAGAGGGUGCGGAUGUCAACCAAGCACCUGCUCACAAUGGUGGAGCUACAGCUUUACAGUUUGCUGUUAUCCAAGGUUAUAUUGGCAUUGCUCGUAUGCUAUUGGAUGCAGGUGCAGACGUCAAUGCACUAGGAGCUUCAAUAAAUGGAAGAACAGCGCUCGAAGGUGCGGCUGAAUGGGGCCGUAUUGACUGUUUGCAGCUCCUGCUGAAUGAAGGAGUUGCGGUCGAAGCUGAAUGUAGUAGGCAGUUUCUUCGAGCUGUGAGAUUGGCAAGUGUCAAUGGACACAUGGCCGUAGCCAGAUUUCUCAAGACGAAAUUUGUUUGGACGGAUUCUGACUUUGAGUGCGAAUUCCAUUUUCUUGACGAUACGGAGGAAAUGACGGAGGAUAGGUGUCGAGACUGCCAAGGUGUGUGCUGA